CUGCUGUGACACUGCUCCUCCAUAUAUAUAUAUAUAUACACUGCAUUCUACACUAUCUAUUCUAUACUAUAUAUUGCAUCUUAGCUGCUGUGACACUGCUCCUCCAUACAGUGCCUUGCGAAAGUAUUCGGCCCCCUUGAACUUUGCGACCUUUUGCCACAUUUCAGGCUUCAAACAUAAAGAUAUAAAACUGUAUUUUUUUUGUGACGAAUCAACAACAAGUGGGACACAAUCAUGAAGUGGAACAACAUUUAUUGGAUAUUUCAAACUUUUUUAACAAAUCAAAAACUGAAAAAUUGGGCGUGCAAAUUGCCAUCAUACAAACUGAGGUAGCAGACUUUGUGAAAAUUAAUAUUUGUGUCAUUCUCAAAUCUUUUGGCCACGGCUGUAUGUGAGGCCUUUGAGACAUCAUACUAAAUAUGUUGACUUGCUGGUCAAGGGAAAUGCAAGUUUACUUCUUUGAGUUGUUGUGUCAGAGGCGCUAAGCCUUGUGGGAUAUUAAUGAAUGUGAACUCGGCAACCGUAAUUCCAGAACAGUCCCACUGUGGUAAUAGUGUGAUGUGUAUCUUCUGACAGACUCUAUGCUGAGUAAAGUCAUGUUUUUAUCCUAAAACGUUUUUCUACCAGAACCAAAGUGUGGAUGCAGUCACUAUUUAGAGCAGUCUAAUCUCAUUAACCCAGAACUAUAAUCUUGUGUGAUUAAGUUCUGGGUCCAUACGAGUCAGAAACUACAGUAGGUGAGUCACAUGUUAUUUGUUACAGCAGUUUCCAUUGAAAUUAACAGAGGUGUUUAUGCAAAUCAACCCUUUCUGUCUUGACAUCUGAAGGAGGAGUCUCUGAAAAUCUAUUUAAAUCAGUCUGUCCUGACUCAGCUCAACAGUCUCCAGUCUACCAACUGGUCUCUGUAACUUCAUCUUUGUCUCUGUGGUGUACAGUCUUCAGGUGAUGAUGGGGGUAUUGAAUCAUCUCUCCACUCUCCUCCUCCUCUCUCUCCUUCCUCCUGCUCUCUCUCAUGUAGUGGAGAACUUCAGUGUUGUUCCACAGUGCCAGACGUUCUUCCUGAAUGACACAACUCCAAAUCUCCCAGGUAUUUUGGUUGGUGGGACUGUCCAGAACCAGGGCCGCUACAAGCCGAUUUGCCAGUUGUUCAACAACAUCUACAGGUUUGCAACUCUGUACGACACGACCAACAGGAUCCCUGUGUUCUCAGCCUACACCUUCUCUGGUCCUCCUACAGACCCCAGACCACAUCAACCCUGGAUGAUCGAGCCCCAGCUCAACGAUGUAAACAACAGCCAUGAAAUGGAGAUUAUGGAAGAACACUCUCAACACCAGGCUGGGAACUACGACUAUAUUAACUCAAUACAAAAUAAAGGGGUGAACAGAGGUCAUCUCUUCCCAAAUUCACAUGCUCAUGACCUUGAUACUCAGAGGUCCACCUUUACCCUGACCAACAUCGUUCCCCAGGUGGUGUCCUUCAACAAUGGCAUCUGGAGAGAAAUGGAGGAACAUGUCAGAGAAAAGCUGAUGACGGACUGUUUUAGUAACAACAGGAAGAUAAAGGCCUAUGUGGUGACUGGAGCAGUGCCCAGUAAGAGCAACACACUGAACAACACACUGAACGCACUUAACAACACACUGAAGAACGCACUGAACGACAGAGUGAACAUCCCAGAUCUCAUGUGGACAGCCUACUGCUGUUUGGACAAGAAGAAAAAGUGGAUGGCGGAAGCACACUGGGGGAAGAACAAGAAGGUCAAGAGGAAAACAUUGAACCCAGAAACCUUGGGAGCACUCGAAAAGAAGUUGAGCGAAUUUCACCAAGGUGAUCGUGUCCAGGUGUUCCCAAAGGAUUGUCCAAGAGGUCCUAACCCUACCACUCCCUCUAACCAACCCAGUUGGAAGAAUUCUCUUAAAAUAAUUUCUUCCAAAGUCAGGAAUCUUUACAAUUCCAUGAUGAAUAGAAUUGGAUGAUCAAGGUACAGAUGCUCAGACUAUAUCAACAAAUUAUCAACUAAACUCUGUUGAAAUGAUGUUGAUAUGCAACCACUUGUUAUGGUUAGAGUAAUGAUUAUAAGGGUUAUAGUGGUAAUCAGGGUUAUAGUGGUAAUCAGGGUUAUAGUGGUAAUCAGGGUUAUAGUGGUAAUAAGGGUUAUAGUGGUUAUAAGGGUUAUAAGGAUUAUAGGGGUUAUAGGGGUUAUAAGGGUUAUAGUGGUAAUAAGGGUUAUAGUGGUUAUAAGGGUUAUAGUGGUUAUAAGGGUUAUAGUGGUUAUAAGGGUUAUAGUGGUUAUAAGGGUUAUAAGGAUUAUAGGGGUUAUAAGGGUUAUAGGGGUUAUAGUGGUAAUAGUGGUUAUAGUGGUUAUAAGGGUUAUAAGGAUUAUAGGGGUUAUAAGGGUUAUAGGGGUUAUAGGGGUUAUAAGGGUUAUAGUGGUAAUAAGGGUUAUAGUGGUUAUAAGGGUUAUAAGGAUUAUAGUGGUUAUAGGGGUUAUAGGGGUUAUAAGAUUAUAGUGGUAAUAAGGGUUAUAGUGGUUAUAGGGGUUAUAGGGGUUAUAAGAUUAUAGUGGUUAUAAGGGUUAUAAGGAUUAUAGGGGUUAUAGUGGUUAUAGGGGUUAUAGUGGUUAUAGGGGUCAUAGUGGUUAUAGUGGUUAUAGGGGUUAUAAGGGUUAUAGUGGUAAUAAGGGUUAUAGUGGUAAUAAGGGUUAUAGUGGUUAUAAGGGUUAUAGUGGUUAUAAGGGUUAUAGUGGUAAUAAGGGUUAUAGUGGUAAUAAGGGUUAUAGUGGUAAUAAGGGUUAUAGUGGUAAUAAGGGUUAUAGUGGUAAUAAGGGUUAUAGUGGUAAUAAGGGUUAUAGUGGUAAUAAGGGUUAUAGUGGUAAUAAGGGUUAUAGUGGUAAUAGGGGUUAUAGCGGUUAUAAGGGUUAUAGUGGUAAUAAGGGUUAUUGGUGGUUAUAAGGGUUAUAGUGGUAAUACUUGUUAUAGUGAUUAUAAGGGUUAUUGGUGGUAAUAAGGGUUAUAGUGGUAAUAAGGGUUAUAGUGGUAAUAAGGGUUAUAGUGGUUAUAAGGGUUAUAAGGGUUAUAGUGGUAAUAAGGGAUAUUGGUGGUUAUAAGGGUUAUAAGGGUUAUAGUGGUAAUAAUUGUUAUAGUGGUUAUAAGGGUUAUUGGUGGUAAUAAGGGUUAUAGGGGUUAUAAGGGUUAUAGUGGUUAUAGUGGUAAUAAGGGUUAUAGGGGUUAUAGUGGUAAUAAGGGUUAUAGUGGUAAUAAGGGUUAUAGUGGUAAUAAGGGUUAUAGUGGUUAUAAGGUUUAUAGUGGUUAUAGUGGUAAUAAGGGUUAUAGUGGUAAUAAGGGUUAUAGUGGUUAUAGGGGUUAUAAGGGUUAUAGUGGUAAUAAGGGUUAUAAGGGUUAUAGUGGUUAUAAGGGUUAUAGUGGUAAUAAGGGUUAUAGUGGUAAUAAGGGUUAUAGUGGUAAUAAGGGUUAUAGUGGUUAUAAGGAUUAUAGUGGUUAUAGUGGUAAUAAGGGUUAUAGGGGUUAUAGUGGUAAUAAGGGUUAUAGUGGUUAUAGUGGUUAUAGGGGUUAUAAGGGUUAUAGUGGUUAUAAGGGUUAUAGUGGUUAUAGUGGUUAUAGGGGUUAUAGUGGUUAUAGGGGUUAUAAGGGUUAUAGUGGUAAUAAGGGUUAUAGUGGUUAUAAGGGUUAUAGUGGUAAUAAGGGUUAUAGUGGUAAUAAGGGUUAUAGUGGUAAUAAGGGUUAUAGUGGUUAUAAGGGUUAUAGUGGUUAUAAGGGUUAUAGUGGUUAUAAGGGUUAUAGUGGUAAUAAGGGUUAUAGUGGUUAUAAGGGUUAUAGUGGUUAUAAGGGUUAUAGUGGUAAUAAGGGUUAUAGUGGUAAUAAGGGUUAUAGUGGUAAUAAGGGUUAUAGUGGUAAUAAGGGUUAUAGUGGUUAUAGUGGUAAUACUUGUUAUAGUGGUAAUAAGGGUUAUAGUGGUAAUAAGGGUUAUAGCGGUUAUAAGGGUUAUAGUGGUUAUAAGGGUUAUAGUGGUUAUAGUGGUUAUAAGGGUUAUAGUGGUUAUAGUGGUUAUAAGGGUUAUAGUGGUUAUAGUGGUUAUAAGGGUUAUAGUGGUAAUAAGGGUUAUAGCGGUAAUGAGGGUUAUAAUGGUAAUGGGGGUUAUAAUGGUACCCAACUCUCUGAUAAGUGUAUCUACCCAAUUCUUCUAUGUCUAUAUAUCUAUAGUGUCUUCUCUUCCCUCUCUGCCCAUCUCUUCUAUGUCUAUAUAUCUACAGUCUCUUCUCUUCCCUCUCUACCCAUCUCUUCUAUGUCUAUAUAUAUCUAUAGUAUAUACGCUCCUCUCCCCUCUAUACUCUUCUCUGUUUAUAUCAAAUAUAAAAAGUAUGUAAGGGGACAGAAUUCUAUUUUAAUAAAUAAAAUACAGUUUAAAUAUUUGAUGUGCUGCCAUUACUCUUGUUAAUGUUUAUAAUGAGGUUAACAGCAGGGUUGAGGUCAAUUCCAUUUCAAUUCCAGUCAGUUCUAGAAGCACACUGGAAAUCCAUUUCUCUGCCAUGCUUUUCAAUGAGGAACAUUUGGAAUUGUAAUGGAAUUAACCCCAACACUGGCCUACAGCUUGUCAGGUUGUGACUUCCGUAUGACUGUUACCAUGGAGAUACUAUUAUAUGUUCUGAAUGUAAUUCUAUCACUGUUACCAUGGAGAUACUAUUAUAUGUUCUGAAUGUAAUUCUAUCACUGUUACCAUGGAGAUACUAUUAUAUGUUCUGAAUGUAAUUCUAUCACUGUUACCAUAGAGAUACUAUUUUAUGUUCUGGGUGUAAUUCUAUCACUGUUACCAUGGAGAUACUAUUAUAUGUUCUGAAUGUAAUUCUAUCACUGUUACCAUAGAGAUACUAUUAUAUGUUCUGGGUGUAAUUCUAUCACUGUUACCAUGGAGAUACUAUUAUAUGUUCUGAAUGUAAUUCUAUCACUGUUACCAUGGAGAUACUAUUAUAUGUUCUGAGUGUAAUUCUAUCACUGUAUGUCUCCAUCUUCUUCCCAUCUGAAGGAAUAAACAUCUAUAAUGAAUGAA